CUCUGAUGGGAGAUGGGGCAGUGGAGCAUGUGGUGAGAGGGCCGCGUCGCGGUGUGGGCGGCCAGGAAGGGGACAGGUCUUGCCGUUUGCCCUCGUCCUGUCCUGUCUGAACUCCUGAAGAACUAGGCCUUCUACGUUAGAGAGCUCUCGGAUGCCUGGGUGGGGCCGGCUCUGGUGCCUACGGUGGGGCUCAGCGGGAUCCAGGAAACAGGUCGGAAACAGAAUCUGCUUACGUACAUGUGAGAGAAGUAAAAAUGUCAGAUGAUAUCAGGAAAAGGUUUGAAUUUCCAAAUUCUCUUAUCCAAUCACAGGCUGCAGGUCAUCUUAUUGCUGCAGUUCUAAAGGAAAAUGUUUUUUCAGAAAAGAUCCACCAGUCCACAAACCAGACUCCUGCUUUGAACUUGCUGUGGGAGAAGUGUUGCAGUGAUAAUGUCGUGGUUCGAACAGCCUGCUGUGAGGGUCUGGUAGCCCUUGUCGCUCAGGAUCUUGCGGAGUUCAGCUAUGUUCUCAAUGGGAUUCUCAACUUGAUUCCAUCGACCAGGGAUACACACGGCUUGAUAAAAGCCAUUAUGAAAUUAUUACAAAUGCAAGCUCUUAAGGAAGGACAUGGUGGAGAGAAGAAUAUUCAGGAUAUAUAUAAUAUUAGAAACCAUCCUCAGCCUUUGAUCACUGUGCUUGAACACAGACCUGAUUGCUGGCCAGUACUUUUGCAACAGCUGACAACUUUUUUCCAGCAAUGCCCUGAAAGGUCAGAAGUUUCAUGUAUCCAAAUAAUGGCACCGUUUCUAUGGUAUCUGUAUUGUGAACCAUCCCAGUUACAAGAAUAUGCUAAACUCCGGCUAGCUCUGCUCAAAGUCUUAGUUCACCCCCGGGUUCUUUGUGACAAAGAAGAACCAUCAAUAUUGGAACAACAGAUGCUACAACUGUGUUGCGACAUGGUUCCAUGUUUGCAGAUGAGAGAUUUGAUACAGACAACAGAAGUGAUGCUGUUUAUCGAAGAAGUAUAUUUAAGCCUUUUGCGUCAUCCUGUUUUCUGGAAAAUUCAGCUUAUCCAGAUGACCCUUCAGCUGCUGUGUGUCUGUGAAGUCAGCUUAAACAUAACUGGGGAAUGCUCAUCUUUAAUUCACCUUUUAGAGCACAGUGUUGAACUUCUGAAGGAGGAUUUUCCUGUUGAACCAGUCAUAAUUGGAAUAGCUUUACUACUAAUACAGUCUCCGGCAAGUCAGCAGAAGCCAAUCUUAAGUCUAGCUCUGAAGCUUCUCUCUUCUGCUGAGGGUCAGAAAAUCCCAAAGUCCUCCUUGCUGCUAGUGAUGCCAGUUCUGCAGAUAUUAUCUUCUACUGCCUUGAAAGACUGUAUAUCCCCAGACGAAGAAGGACCCUCUAGGCAGCAGUUGGCUCUAAACCUUUUAGAAAUGGUACAGCAGGAGUGCUACAGAGACGACCACCAAAAGCUCUCCUACAAGCUUGUGUUCCCUAUAACCAGCAUGUAUGGUUCAAUAUUUACAGCCUGGAGGAUCCUUGAAGUAAUGAGAGAAGAGUCUGCGAUAAGUGACUGGUUAGCUUCCGUAGAGUCAUUGCUCCCUAUUACCACAGCGAUCCCUGUGCAUGUUUUUCUUCUGCUGGCUUACCUCCUUGUUGAAGAUAAAGGACGAAAUCUUCGUCAGAUACUGAAGGUCACUACAGAAUUUGCCCAAGCUGAUUCCUCUCAGGUACCAAAUCUGAUUCCACUUUUGAUGUUCAAAUUAGGAAGACCACUGGAACCUGUGUUAUACAAUGAUAUCUUGUAUACUUUGCCUACACUUGGUGUUCACAAGGUGUGCAUAGGACAAAUUCUACGAGUAAUUCAACUUCUUGGAACCACUCCGCAACUAAAAGCUGUCACUUUGCGCUUGUUGACUUCUUUGUGGGAAAAACAGGAUCGUGUCUAUCCUGAACUGCAGCGUUUCAUGGCCAUGUCCGAUGUGCCCUCUCUGUCUGUGGGCAAGGAGGUCCAAUGGGAGAAACUGAUAGCUAAAGCAGCAUCGAUCAGAGAUAUAUGUAAGCAAAGGCCGUAUCAGCACGGUGCAGAUAUGUUGGCAGCUAUUUCCCAGAUGUUGAAUGAAUGCACCAAGCCUGACCAGGCUACUCCAGCAGCCUUGGUGUUACAAGGUCUUCAUGCACUCUGCCAGGCUGAGGUGGUUUGUAUUCGCUCCACUUGGAAUGCUCUCUCCCCAAAGCUGAGUUGUGACAUGAGACCUCUCAUUUUGAAGACCCUCAGUGAACUGUUUUCUCUGGUUCCUUCCUUAACAGUCAAUACAGCUGAAUAUGAGAAUUUUAAAGUUCAAGUCCUCAGCUUCCUCUGGAACCACACUCAAAACAAGGACCCAGUUGUAGCAAAUGCUGCAUAUAAAUCUCUGUCACACUUCAGUGCCAGGGAGCACACCAUUCUUCAUCUGCCUGAACAGGUAAGACCAGAAAUCCAAAUUCCUGAUGACCUAGAUGAAGAUGAGGAGGGUGAUGAAAAGGACGUGGAUCUUUCCAUUCCUGGUUCUUGCUAUCUCAAACUGUUGUCACUCACUGCUCCUUCCGUUUUACCAGCUUUGGAGGAAUUUUUUACAUCACUUGUGAAGCAAGAAAUGGUGAAUAUGCCCCGUGGGGUGUAUCACUCUGCAUUAAAAGGAGGUGCCCGCUUAGAUCAAGGAAAGACUGUAGCAGGAAUCCCCAAUUUUAUGUUGAAAAUGUAUGAAACAAACAAGCAGCCGGGUUUGAAACCUGGCCUUGCGGGUGGUAUGCUGUUUUGUUAUGAUAUUUCAAUGUAUCAGAGUAAAGAUGGCAAACCAUUGAAUAGACUGAUGGCCAAUAGAGGGCGAAGUUUCAAGCAGACUUCACUCGCUCUAGUGCAUGAGGUUCACAUCCAGCUUUCCGAGUGGCACCGUGCAAUUUUUCUCCCACAGGCCUGGCUCGCAUAUAUGACUCGUGCUUAUCAUGCCAUUUUACAGGGGAGGAUAGGAGAGCUGGAGUUGCAGUUAAAACAUGGAAAAGAAGGACCUGAGGAGGUGCAAUACAAAAAAAGCACAGCCUGGCUCUGGGUUCGAGACAUGUUGACUGAUGAGGUCACCAAAGCAGCUGCAAAAGACAGCCCAGUGGUCAAAGGCAACGCGCUGUUAGCCUUAAGCAGCCUUGCUGUCGUCGUUUCCAAACAUGAAGCCAGCCUCUCCUCAGACUCUGAGGGUGUCCUGGAGGUUCAACCUAAUUUCCUUUCAAUGGAAGUGUGGGUUUCCAUGGUGUUUGAUACUCUUCUGGUCAUUGUCGAUAGCCAUUACCAGCCCAGAGGACAACUUUUCUCCUGCUUUUAUUAUAAAUCCUAUUCUGGUGAAAACACAGCUAGUGCCAUUGCACGUUCUGCGGCCGCCACGGCUUUGUCUCUCCUUGUGCCAGUUUUCAUUAUCUCUUGCAAAGAGAAGGUUGAGGAAAUCCUGAACAUGCUGACUGCCAGGUUACCUGGGAAACCAAGUGCUGAUGAGUCUCAAGCCGUGCAAAUCCACAUGGGCCUUGCUUUGGGGAUGUUUCUCUCUCGCUUGUGUGAGGAGAAACUCAGUGAUAUAUCUGGCCAACAGAUGAACCUUCUUCUGAUGAAGUCUUUGGAUGCCCUGGAAAAUUGCUGCUUUGACACUAGUCUUGAAUACAACACGGGCUGUGUACUGGGAGUUGGACUUGUCCUGUCCCUCAUGAGCCACAGCAGCCGAACAGAGUCGCGAGUUCACGUGGCAGCCUCGCUUCGGAAGCUCUCCGUGUACCUAGAUGACAGCGGGGGCCAGAGCAGAACCUUUCAGGAGGUCCUUGCCUAUACCCUCAGCUGUGUAUGUACAUCUGCAUUCAGUGCCGGAAUUAUUGAGGCUGUAGAGGCUGAAGAUAUUAUGAAUAAGCUUCGACUGUUGGUGGAGAACAACCAGCAGACUUCAGGUUUUGCCCUGGCGUUAGGAAACAUAGUUCAUGGUUUGUCUGUGUGUGGACAUGGAAAAGCUGAAGACUUGGGCAACAAACUGCUCCCUGCCUGGAUCAGAAUUGUCCUAACAGAGGGCACCUCCACAAUGCUGUGUUUGGCAGCUCUUCAUGGCAUGGUGGCCUUGGUAGGCUCUGAAGGGGAUGUAAUGCAGCUGAAGUCAGAAGCCAUCCAGUCCUCUCAUUUUCAAGGCAGACUUAAUGAAGUCAUUAGAACUUUAACUCAGGUCAUCAGUGUGUCUGGGGUGAUUGGUCUUCAGUCAAAUGCAAUCUGGCUUCUAGGACAUCUUCAUCUGUCUACUCUGUCCUCAAAUCAAAGUAGAACCUCGGUUCCUACGGACUAUAGCUAUUUGCCUGAAAGCAGUUUUAUUAGAGCAUCCAUUGGCUUCUUCAUUACAGGAGGAAAAAAAGGUCCUGAAUCUGUGCCUCCUUCCCUUCUCAAAGUUGUGAUGAAACCCAUAGCAACUGUUGGAGAAAGCUACCAGUAUCCUCCUGUGAACUGGGCUGCACUCCUCUCUCCACUUAUGAGGCUAAACUUUGGUGAAGAGAUUCAGCAACUGUGUCUUGAAAUUAUGGUGACCCAGGCUCAGUCAUCCCAGAAUGUCGCUGCACUGUUGGGAAUAUGGGUGAUGCCACCACUGAUCCAUGGUCUGAGUCUGAAUAUCAAGAAAUACCUCCUGCUAUCUGUGCCUUCGUGGAUAAAACACGUCUCUGAUGAACAGAUCGUGGGUUUUGUUGAAAGCUUGAUGGUGACAGUUUUUAAAGCAGCUUCCCCACUCUCCAAACCUGAGUUAUGCCCGAGUGCCUUACAGGGUCUGAGCCAGGCCAUGAAACAGCCCAGCCCUGCCUACCACCUCUGGAGUCUGCUCAGCAAAGCUACUGGGAAAAUUUUUGACCUUCUGCCAAAUAAGAUUCGGAGAAAUGAUCUAGAGCUGUAUAUCAGUGUAGCAAAAUGCCUCUCGGAAAUGACAGACGAUGAAGCCAAUCGGGUUGCCCAGAUUACUGAGAACAGCUUAGAAAAGGCUGCCUUUGUCAGACUAUACUUGGUCUCUCAAGGACGAUUCCCCUUGAUGGGCUUGACUGAUGUGCUCAGUGUUGCUAUUCGGCACCAUGAAAAAGACACACUGGCCUGGAUGAUACUGCACAGCUUAUACCAGGCACGGAUUGUGAGCCACGCCAACACCGGCGUGUUGAAGAGAAUGGAGUGGCUCUUGGAACUGAUGGGUUAUAUCAGAAAUGUUGCUUACCAGUCAGCAUCUGUUCAGAACGUGGCUCUUAAUGAGGCUUUGGAUUUCUUGUUGCUGAUAUUUGCAGCAGCAGUGGUUGCAUGGGCAGACCACGCUGCCCCUCUGCUCCUUGGCCUCAGUGCCAGUUGGUUGCCAUGGCAUCAAGAAAAUGGUCCAGCUGGGCCAGCUUCAAGGUUCCUUGGCAGGAGUCCCUUGCACAGGGUCACUGUGCAGGAGGCUGUCACUCUCCUUCCCAGUAGCAUGCCUCUUCUGCUGCAGAAAGAGCCAUGGAAGGAACAGACCCAGAAGUUCAUUGACUGGCUAUUCAGCAUCAUGGAAAGCCCUAAAGAAGGCCUCUCAGCAAAGUCCAGGGAUCUUUUAAAAGCCACCCUGCUGUCCUUGAGAGUUCUCCCAGAGUUUACGAAGAAAGCUGUAUGGACCAGAGCUUAUGGUUGGUAAACAGUUUUGCAGUAGCCAGCAGCAUUCUCAGCUGGAUGAGGAAAACCAUACAGACAGAAGGAAUUUUUCAGAAUUCGUGUCUGGGCUUACUGAGACGAUGCAGAGAGCUGAAGGUCAUGAAAGGGUGGCCACACAACCGACAGCUUGAACCGUGCACGCCAGGACAGGGGCCACUGCUUCAGUACCCAGGCCAUUUGAGACCGAAACAAGAACUUGGAUUUUCUUUUAUUUGGCUAGAGUUCAACAUAAAGAUUUUUUGUGAAAAUCUAAUUAUAUCAUCUCCUCCGCACUAAAUUCUAGUAAAAUAAUCCUGUGAAUUUUGUGCAUGUGACUUUUGUUUUAAGGCAUGGGGAAGGUUUUGCUAGCAAAACCAAACUGUAGCGGUGACAGUGGAAUCUGAUCUGUUUCCCAUGAAGUCUCCAGAGGAUAUUCAUUGACUCAGUAAGUUAGACAUGUUUUCUUAUUCUUAUUGCUAAAACACUCUCUUGGAACUGCUAUACGCAUUUAAAUAAUAAGCAUAGUGUUAAACAUUGCUAAAUCAGACUUGUAAGUGGUGGCUAUAAUUUUUUUAUGCUUGAGUCUCUUGAAUGCAAGUGAAAGUUACCCAAUUCAAAAUAAGGAAGGGAAGGUGUCUUUGCUCAUAGGUAUGGUGGAAGCAACAUGGGGUGGACUCUGAUUCAGCUUGGGUCAUGUUGAGUCCUUGGGUGGGGUGGGGAGGGUUCUACGUGACCAGGCCGGGGUCACAUGUCUGUCCACCUGAACUGGGUUCCCCCAGAAGAAAGGUGAUUAGGAUGCUAGGCAAGCAAAAAAUGGCAAAUAUCUCUUCCAAACAUCGAUCUUUUUUUUAUAAGUACAAACCUCUGUCUUAAUCAGGGUGACUGGUGGCCUAAUGCCAAGUAAAUGAAGGAAUGUGACAGCAUCCUCAAGGGUUGCAUUUUACUCAGGGGUUUAGAAUCAGCCAGGAAUUUAAUUUGCUCUGAUUGCUAAUUAUUGUUCCUUCAUGCAGCCAUUAAUCAGGGCUGUCCUUAGCCAAUCAUACAAAUAUACUGAUGUAUACGUAUAUGGGAUUACUGGGGAGAAAAUGUGUGCCACUGGAAUAAUGUACCUUCGUGCUUAUCAUGCCACAGCAGUGUCAUGGAACUUUUAGUAUUCCUGUGUGGCAUGUACAAUACCUUCAUGUUGUCACCAAGCAUACCUACCACUUAAGUUAAAAAUAGCUCUAAUUUUAUUUUCCAAAUAUAUGGAUUUAUGAUUCCAGGUUCCAAAUAUUUGUGGUUCACUGUGUAAUUCACACUGUUUCCAGGUCACAGCUCUUUCUUUUGCUGAACUCCGUAGGGUGCUGAGAUACUUACAGAAAAGGAGGAAAGGAAGGUGAGCUCUCAGGUAGUACUUAACUACAUCACCAAGUAUUUCAUCUCUAUUACUUCUUUAGAGGCUGAGCUGGAGGGAAAUGAGUUUGGAGGAAGCAGAAGUGUAGAAAAUUUAUGUGAGAAGCCAGCUUCUGUCUCCUUCCCACCCACCGUGGCUUUCUCAUACUACCUACCAAUGAGAUGUUGACAUUCUUCUAACGUUUAUUACACUAGUUGUCAGACUAUAUAAGUGACUAGAGUUUCACUUGUAUUAUCUUAUUUAACCCUUGCAACAAUACUGUGAAGAGGCAUUAUUUUCUAUUUUUAAAUGAAGAAAACACAUCUAAUAAGUGGCAGAGCUACUACACCUGGAACCAAGGUCCUAGAACCCCAGGUCCAAUGCGCUUUCUACUGCAUCAGGCUCAUCAGCACCCACUUUCAGAUGAAAACUCCUACCAAGUAUUAAGCCUCGUUCAUGCUUAAUAUAGAUUGCUGGAAUCAGAUAAAAGAAACACCCCUGCCUCAUAUUAAUAAGCCUCUGGAAUUGGGACGUUGGGAGUUACAGUGUAAAGGAGCAGGUCUUCAUGGGUUGAAGGACAUUACAUUCCCGGGCCAACUAGCAGAUGUGGAUGGCAGUAAAGAAUAGGGAAGAGGAAAUGGGCACUGAAGAACUACUCUCACAUUUCCCCCCAAAUCAGUGGGCAGACUUGCUGAUGCUCAAGGAGAGGGAUAAAGAAUCAGCCCAGCCUUCCAGACCCAGACUGUCUUUUUCAGUUUGGCCCAGUUUCUUCUCAGUCAGACUUUGUCAUUGCUCCUGCCUUGACAAGAAAACAGAAUAGUACAAAAGGGAGGAAAUAAGAUCUACCUGUACCCUCUCUUCCCUAGCUCCCUCUUUUUGUUUUCAGCAGUCUUGUGUUUAAGCGUCAUAGGAUUUUCCUAUUCAUAGGAUUUUCCUAUUCAUUCCUAUUCAUUUGGACUCCAUAAAGAGUCCAAAAUGUCAAAAUCUAAAUUUGAAGCUGUAAAGGUUCUAAACUCUAAUUAUUCUAAGAUGUAGGUUACUGGCAUAAUAAGACCCUUUCUCCUGGUUACCUGAGCUCCAGUAAGUAUUAAGAUAUUCCCUUGGGAUAUUUCAGUGUGUUCUCCAGAAACCAGAAGUCUCUGCUUUUUUGAGACCAGACGUUCCAAACUAUAUACAAAAGGAAAAGUUUCCUUGUAAGUCAUCUUCUGUUAGUUUUUGAAAUCACAAGUUGCCAAGACAAAUAGCAUGCUAGGGUAUACUAACAAAUCAAUGUGUGGGAUUAAGGCUAUGUUGUGUGUCUCAGAUGUGUCCAAACACUGUGACUCUUCACUUGAAGAGUGUACAUUUGGAACAGAUGUUGAGAUACAUGCAAGUGCCUAAAAUCUUUGUGCUUUAUUUGUAAUGUAAUGGCUCCAUGGUAACCAAGAGGCGGUUAAUCACCUUUUUUUUUUUUUGAAGUUAAUUGCCACAAGUUAACUUCUCCAAAAUGAUUUUAACCAAAGAUGAUAUUAUAAUAAUAUAAGGAGUAAAACUUUAAGGACUUAACUACUGUCUUGAAACAUCUUAGUCACUUUGAAAGUAAGCAGUAGUUUUAGAUUUUUGGUAAACAUUUUAGCAAAUUGCUGUUUUAGAAGAGAAAUCUGACCAUGUGGUUAAGAGGAUGGGGCCUUCAUUAAGGCCAGAGUUGUAAGCUGGGUCUUUAGGUCUCUGACCUCAACCAGCCUAUUCAUAGCUGCAGGCAUUUCAAAUGGAACCAGAGGACAGAAUGUGGCUGGGACAGUUCACAUCCUUCACCACUCUUAUGGAAAGAUACCUCACAGCAUCAUCGUCAUGUAUAAAUGUAUAUCAUUACUGCUCUGGUGCUGGAUAUAUGCUUUUAUAUUUUCUGGAAGGAAACACUUUAUUCUACUCCUAGUAACUUUAAAGUCUCAUCUUUUUAAUGUAUGACACAUAAAAUAUUUAUGAAGUUGUGAAAUAAUGUCCAGCCAAACUAUUAGAAAUGGAACUGAAUAAAAAUGACAUUGAUGACUCCCUGA